UAUUUGAUGUGACAAUCAUCAGCUGAUGACAAUUUGUGACAGGUGCUGUUAUAAUCCUUUUUUACAAUAAAAUUCUAGCAACAAUUUUUAUAAACUUUAUAGUUACGUCGAAGUUAUACUAUGUAAUCAACGUUAAUACCAAAGUAAUCCCUUUAUAAGAGUAAAGAUUAAUAUUUGCAGUGCAAAUAUUUUUUCGCUUAAAGGGAGAAUCAUGGAGUCACACGAAAUUAAUGAUGUAGCUAAUAAUGUACCAUUAAAUGCACAAACUGUGUUAAGGUCAUGUGUUCCAACAACUAAUGAAGCUGAAAGAUUACGAAAUCUCCAAGAAGACGAACACUCGAAAUUAACAAUUGGAGCGUUUUUCGAAUUUAUGAGAACUGCGUACCAAGUUAAUGACAGUUGCGAAGGUCUGCCUACGAUACUAAGUGCUAAUAGCGAAAUUGAUUGGCAAGCAUUAGCAAAGAUUAAUUUAGAUCUAAAAACGCAUGGAGAUAAUAAAGUCACUAAUGACAACUGUAAUUUCAAUAUUCAAGAACAGCAAUACAAACACAAUGAUUCUGCACAAGAGUUAUCGCCACAAACAACAAGUAGUAAAGAAGCAAGUCUAUGUAUAUCGAAUAGUACAAUAAAUUCGCACAAUUCUACAAUCUCUUGUAAUACCAAUAUUUAUGAGGCAUGCAAUAAAGAUGACUCUACACAGGAAUCUAGCAGCGCAGAAAGUUCUUCUAACAAACAUUUAGAAACAGGGGAUAAUGCCAAAGAAGUGAAUCAGUUAUCAGAAAGUUGCCAAACCUCGAAUGAAAAGAAGAGAAUUUUACAGCUUAAGGAGCAUGUGGAAGAGAUUGAAUAUGGUCUAGCAAAAGUUAUGAAGGAAAAUCUAAGAGAUAUCUUGCACGAAGGAUUAUUGGACUCUGUUUUGCCAUACAUGCUGCCGAAAUCUGCUCUAUCACAGCCUGUUAUUAAAAAGUCUAUGGUCGUUACAGAUGUUAAAAAGAAUUCUUCAUUGGGUAAUGUGGUUGAGAAUAAAGCUGCAGUUUCAAUUUAUAAAGAACGGGACAAAGAGAAAAAUAAGAUAAACAAGAAAUCAUUAGAGAACGAGGUAGAAAUUCACGUAUGCGACGAAGAUAAGAACAUAAAAAAGAACUUUAGAUGUCCCCAAAAACUUCUUAUUCAGAAAAUGUGUUAUUUUGCUGAUGUAACAGCAGGGCAGAAACUUGACGAGAUAGAUAUAUCGGUACAUUGUGAUGUCGUUAUUUUUGAUUGGCUGAUGAGAUGGGUAAAGAAAGAUAAUAAAAAGUCCGAGUGGCCAGUUCUAGAGGCGAGUAAUGUCAUUCCGAUUAUGGUAUCCGCUUGCUUUCUGCAAAUGGAGCCGCUUUUGGAGAAUUGUCUUCAAUACUGCCACAACAACAUGUCAGAUAUCUUGAAGACGUCGACGAUCUUAUCGUGUCUGGACGAUAAUCUUCUCACAAGACUGGCUGAAUUAUUUACAAAUGAGGAUGUCGAAAUGUUAAAAGACAAAAAGGAUAAAGUUCAGAGUCGUUUGUUCUGCAAGUUAAUUAUGUCACUGAUGGAAACUACUCCGGAUAAUAAGAAGGGGCAUUACAGUUCGUUGGCUAUGCUGUUCAAAUGUGGAAAAUGCAACAAAAAUGUUAUACAAUCAAUUUCGGAUUUCGUUCCUUGCAUCCCAAGUGCAAUAAAAAUCGACAACAAGGGAGCCGUUCAUAGCAAACAUGUCAGAGAUCUGACUUGGACAUUGAACGAUUACAUCGUUACUUUACGAUCGGAGUUACGUUCCUGGCGUAAAGUUUAUUGGAGAUUGUGGGGAGAUUGCCAUUUCUUGUUUUGCCAACAGUGCAAUGUGUAUUUUCCGAUACAUCAGAUCGAUUGGUGCUGUUAUCAUCCGGAAUCCGCGCAAUUCUUUGUGAACGAGCAACAGAGGCCUACACCUUUUCCUCUGGGAAGAUAUCCAUGCUGCAGUCAACGUGCCUAUAGAUUCGAAGCUUUGUCCAGUCAAAGCGGAUGCAGGUACAAAGAACAUGUACCAGAUAUAAAGAACGAGAAAGGUUUAAAUGUUUUAAAUAUUCUGACAGCAAAUAGAGAAGUAAUAACUAUCGAACCGCCCCAACUUUUUUUCCCGGAAAAGAUUACACGAUUGGUGACACGCGAUCCGUCUCUUCGACCAGGUAAAUUAGUGUGCAAGGAUAUAAUGUGGUGGAAUGGCAUAGAACUCGCGCCAUCAAGGCCAAAACUUGGCCUACUCGGAAAAAUUUGGGGUGGUUCGGGACUCCGUCGAUUACUCCAAGCGCAAGAUUCACAAAAAUCUUUGCAGAAACUUCGUCGACAGAUUUCCGCAACUACCGACCCCUUGUCUCCCACUUCUUCGAUUACGGAUGAGGACGACGAAGACGAUGGCGGAACCGCAUAUGAAGACAGUAGUAUAGACGACGAAUCGUAUUACAGCGAAGAAUCCAAUACGUGCGCAUUAAAACCAAUGAAUAAUACGAAGCACAAUCAGAAGAACAACAGUAGAUGUUGGAGCGAUAAUUUAAACGUAAGACACAAUCAGGAUAAUCAGAGAGAUUUUGAAGAAAGAGCCGCGGUGCAAAUGAUAGCACUUCUAACAAAAAGAACAGUUACGGAAAACUUGCUUUCAAAAUCUUACAACAAGCAACAACACAAUUACAAGACUAAGCAACCUAUCGGUGGGACGUAUAUGAAGCUAGAAGUUGAAUUUCGCGAACAGCUCGCUCAGUCUUGUAAAUAUAAGAAUUCUGUAAUAGGGAAGACUCGUAUGAAAUCAAACAAGUCCUGAUUUGCAUAAAGUUAAAUAAAUUCAUCUAAAGUAUCGUGUUGAAAAAAUUUUGUUGCGAUUUAAGGUAAAGAGAAAAAAAGACACUGCCAUGCAUAAUACUCUUACAUUGUGUAAUAAAUACAUUUUAUUUAAUUAAACUACAUUUAUUAAAUUAA